CCUGGCAUUGAUGGAAAGAGAGGUCUGGCUGGAAAAGAUGGAGAGCAAGGACAAAGAGGAGAUGAUGGCAAAAAGGGUGAUACAGGUGAAUCGGGGACUGAGGGUAAAAAAGGGGAAUUGGGUGCUCCGGGCCCACCUGGUACCCAUGUUCUGGUUACUCAACAAGAGGGUGCCACCCUUGAAGAGAUGAGACAAGCAUUCCCUUUGCCAAUGGGACCUCCUGGGGCUAAAGGUCCACCAGGGAUGAAGGGUGACGCUGGUCUUCCAGGGAAAGCAGCUGACAUGAAGAACAUUGAAGUAAUGUUUGAAGACUAUGGCAUAAGGCUGCCCUUGCUGAAGGCACUGAUUGACAGGCUGCUGCAGGACGGCAUGGAGGAGCUUCUGCAGGAGCUAACCACCUCUAGGAGAGUCAAUGAGAAGGAGAAACAUGGCUCCAACAUUAUCACUGACUACACAAGUAAAGUAAAGUAUGAGAUCUCCAAGGAGCCUCUGACAGAGAUGGACACCAUAGAGGAGGCAGUUGACUCUGACCUAGACAGACAGCUACCAGAACCUAACUCUGAUGCUUUGAAUGAAACGGUGGAGGGCCCCACAUUCUGGAACCUCACCCCUCUUCAUGGUCUUAAUGGCCUCCAAGACGUGGGGAGGAUAGAGAGCACCUCUAAGGGGAUAGAGGGGACACUGACAGUGGACGAGGACUUCAGUGAAGCUCCCUCGCCCAAGUUGCCUUUAUCAAACUCAACAUUUAACAACACAACGUCUGAAGAGAGGGUCUCUGAGGUACCAGGGGCAAUAGUAGAAACUGUUCACCUCAGUGAGGAAGACUCCUUGAAGAAGAAGAAGAGUCGAGAACGGAAGGGCAAGGGACAGAAAGGACGACAUAAGAGGCAAAGACAACGCCUGACGAGUACAGAGGAGGAAGAGGAAGCGGAGGAGGAGGAAUUAUACGACAGGGAUGAGUACAGUUAUGAAUAUGAGGAUUCCACAGAUGAUCCCUUACUGUCAAUGGAAAAGCAAGGGGAGUUUGAAACCACAACAGAAAGCACACUACAUGGAAUGAGCAAAGAGAGUGGCCUGACAACUUUAGGUCCAUAUCCAUCCCAGUCACCGGGACACAGUGAAAAGCAGGGGGAAUUCAUCACACCUAUCCUACCCAGCACAACGGAGGAAACAGAGAAGGCGGGACCAUCUCAUGUCCGGGUCAGAGUAAGGAAGAGCGCUCCCUGGCCAGAUUACAUGGCAUACAUGCCAGGAACUGCCGGAGGAAGGAAUCGAUACCAUGACAGACAAAAAUCACAGUCGGGAGCAAGAGGUCCCAAGAAAUCACAUAGACAGAAACAAGAAAACAGAGACCCUCAGCCUGACCCUGAAUCCUAUACAGAGACGGAGGUCGACUAUGAAACAGAAAGAGACUGGGAGACACCAACAGAGAUGGAGGGAGAGAGAGAAGAACCCAUAGCAGCAGGGGAAGAGGAAGAGACACCAUGGGAAAGACAUAGAGAGAUGGAGAUGGUAGAAAAGAAAGGAAAAGAGACGGAAGGAGAGAUAUACCAUGAUGCAGAAAGAGAGGGAGAGGAGGAGAGAAGUGGCGACUCUGAGUGGGACACGGAGGAAGACAGUGAAUACGAGAGGGAGAGAGAGAGGGAAAGGAUCGAGAUGGAGAGAGAGAGGAUGGAGCUUGAAAAAGAGAGGGAAGCAGAGCUGGAGUUGCAGAGGGAGAAACUAGAGAGGGAGAACAUGGAAAAGGAGAGAGACCUGCAAAUGGAGAGGGAGAGUGAACUAGAGAGAACAGAGAUGGAGGGAGGCAGAGACCUGGACAGGGAGAGAGAGGAGUGGGAGAGACGGAGGCAGGAGAUGGAAAGAGAGAGCGGAAGACAAGGAGAGUACGAGGAGGAAGGAGGAGUAAGACCCUAUCCAGGGCCAGAAUAUGACUAUUUGAAGGGCGCUCCGGGUGAAAAUGGACUUCCAGGACCAAAGGUGACUACCAAUCAUUUUCAAAUACAACAGUGUCUUCAAAUGGAGUGAAAGAACAAGAUGUCCUGAAUCUGCCCCCAUAUCUCUACAGUACCACGUUGCAAU